AUCCGACCCUUUCCCGGGUCAGCUGGUGCUGGCGUCAGGGAGGGCUGGGCCGGUUCUGCGCGACCCGGCAGGGCUUGUUUACUAUGGCUGAUGAUCUGGAGCAGCCGCCUCAAGGCUGGCUGAGCAGCUGGCUGCCAGCUUGGCGCCCCACAUCCAUGUCUCAGUUGAAGAAUGUGGAAUCCAAAAUUCUUCAAUGCCUCCAGAACAAGUUCCUGGCUCGGUAUGUUUCCCUCCCAAACCAAAACAAGAUCUGGACGGUGACUGUGAGUCCCGAGCUCAGGGAGCGCACCCCUCUGGUGAUGGUGCAUGGUUUUGGUGGUGGUGUGGGCCUCUGGAUCCUCAACAUGGAUUCACUGAGUGCCCGGCGUACCCUUCACACCUUUGAUCUGCUCGGCUUCGGACGAAGUUCAAGGCCAGCAUUCCCAAGGGAUGCCGAGGGUGCUGAGGAUGAGUUUGUAACCUCGAUAGAGACUUGGCGGGAGAGCAUGGGGAUCCCCAGUAUGAUCCUCCUGGGCCACAGUUUGGGAGGAUUCCUGGCCACCUCCUACUCCAUCAAGUACCCUGAAAGAGUUAAGCACCUUAUCCUGGUGGACCCAUGGGGCUUUCCCCUCCGGCCGACAGACCCAAGUGAGAUCCGUGCUCCUCCAACCUGGGUCAAGGCUGUGGCUUCAGUCCUAGGACGUUCCAAUCCACUGGCUGUUCUUCGAGUGGCAGGGCCCUGGGGACCUGGUCUGGUACAGCGAUUCCGGCCGGACUUCAAGCGCAAGUUUGCAGAUUUCUUUGAAGAUGACACCAUAUCAGAGUAUAUCUACCACUGCAAUGCUCAGAACCCCAGUGGAGAGACUGCAUUCAAAGCCAUGAUGGAAUCCUUUGGCUGGGCUCGGCGCCCCAUGUUGGAGCGAAUUCACUUGAUUCGAAAAGAUGUGCCCAUCACCAUGAUCUAUGGGGCCAACACCUGGAUCGAUACCAGUACAGGAAAAAAGGUGAAGCUGCAGCGGCCAGACUCCUAUGUCCGAGACAUGGAGAUUGAGGGCGCAUCACAUCAUGUCUAUGCGGACCAGCCACAUAUCUUCAAUGCCGUGGUGGAGGAGAUCUGCGACUCUGUGGACUGAGCUGCUGGCUGUCUCCAGAGGAAGAAGAGAAAGCCAGAGAGUCUACUCUCAUCUCCCUGUCUGCUUACUCACCCUCUAUCCUUUCCUCUCAUACUAACAAAUACCAGACAGACAGAGGCCUGGGCUGUCCCCAGGGCAGGACCCCAAUGAAAAGAGCCGUCCUGAGCCCAUACAACAGCCAUGAAAGGCCUUGAACUCCCAGCCUGAGGAAGAGCAUGAAGGGUGGUACCGUGUCACCCUAUUUUUCCCAUGCCAAGUGGUGGCCAGAUGGUGGCUGUGAAGGGGUUGCACUGAGCCACGUUCCCUCUCUGUGCCAAAGGGAGGGCGGCCUCUUCUCUGGACAAUGGAGCAACUUUCCCCAGCUCUGGAACAUUUGAGGAAGGGGAUUCUUUCUCCUCCUUCACACCCUGGCCCUCCCCUCACUACCACCAUCCCAUACCAGUUCCAUCUGGGCUCUGGCUCCGUCUCGUUCCCUCUUCAUGACUAAGAGCAGGCAGGCCUGGGACUGCUGUGACCAGCAGAGUUUCUUCCCCAACCUGAGCUGUCAUCUCCAAAGUCCUCACACAUAAUUGAGGGACCAGUGAGGACAAGGCAUGGCUGGCCCAUGUGACACAGAUCCGGUCCUGGAGAGCUGAAACCAGGCUUGCUUACACCCAGUGCUUGUGUCCUGAGGCGGGUCCUAGUCACUGGCCCAGAUGAAGCCCUCCAGCCCCCACAUUCCAGUUUCCUUAGGCAUUGUGCUACUGUCCUGCUCUGCCUCUCCGCCCUGGUUACUGAGCUGGGGACACUCAAGAGCGUUCCUGCUCCUUAGACUUCCCAAUGGAUGGCGUUUGGCCUUCCUCUGUGCCUUGGGCCCUGAAGCCCCACCUGAAUAUAGAGCAAAGGUGGCCCCUGCUGGAGAGUGAUGGGAAACACCUUUAGCCUGUUAGGAUUCCAACACCUACCAGUAUGGCAGGAUUUUGUCCUGUCUGCUGCUGAGCGGAGCCCCUCCCCCACCUUGCUGCCCCUGUGCCUGAGUCCCUACCUUUGGUCCAUUGGGGAGCCACAAACCUGAAGUUCCCUGUCCUUAUCACCCAUGGGAUGGUUCUCACUGGCUGGGUCUCCACCCUCUCUCAAGUCCCUCAGUCUCUAGCUUACAACCCUCCUCAACCACCCUUCUCCCACUCCCCAAUACCCACCUCCUGUCUGUCUCUCCCAGACUGGUUCCAGUUGCUGCUUCGAGGUCUGGGUGGUCAGCUGGGCCUGACCUCAGAACUCAGGCAGUGCCUGCCUUGCCCUUCACUUUUAUAAAGCCAACCCUUCCACCAGAAUAGUAUUAACUCCUGGUGCUUUGUUCUACUGCUCCGGCUGCCUUGGGCUCCUUUUCUAUAUUAAUAAAGAAAUGAGUAAAUGCCUCUGGCAGUGAUGACA